AUGAAUGAAGAACAAAAUUCCGCCAACGUCUAUGUCUAUUCAAUGUGUAUUCUAUGUGUAUUGUAUCUAUUCUAUGUGUCUAUUCAAGGACAGGAAGAAAGAAGCUUAGCAAUGCGGGUUCCUUCACAAAGUGCAUCCAGGAAGCUGCAAGGGAAACGCUCCCGGUUCUAUUACCACGGAAGAAGUUUGCCUUUGCAUCUGCGAAAACAAAAUCCAAUUCUGUAUGUGUCGCGCACAGCGCUGGUGACUUCAACCAGGAGAAGCGUCUUAGAAGGAAGCUGCGUCGUCAACUGCAAAGACGGCGAUAAGGAGUGGACGUCAAGAGCGAUGGAAUUUGGGAAGGCGUGGGAGGACAGGAACCCGCGGAAGGCCUAUGCUCUACUAAAACAGUAUAGCGGCAAAAUGAAAAGAUGUUUCCCUGUCCUCAACACUGCCAAUGGGGUAGCUGUCGCUGAAGCAACCCUUCCAAUUUGGAAGGAACACUUCAAGACCUUGCUGAACCGGCUAGCACCGUCCGCUCCUGAACUCGAGCACGUUCAUAGACCGACAUAUGCGGUUAACGAGGAGCUACCGACCGAGUGGGAGGUUCUGGUCUGUACUCAAGAAAUGAAGAAUGGAAAAUCUGGUGGAGACGACGGGAUUAGCGCAGAAAUGCUAAAAUAUCUUCCUCCGUCUGGGAUUCGUGAGAUGACAAAGAUCAUCCGUUCAAUCUGGAUAGACGAAAAGAUACCUGACUCGUGGAGGCACGCUAUCAUAAUUCCCCUACACAAGAAGCUAUCCGUCACGGACCCUAGGAAUUAUCGAGGAAUCUCUUUGCUGCGGGUUGUGUAG